UGCUCUCUGCUUCGUUUUCUUUUUUUCUCUCUCUCCGCCGAAUCCAUCCCCCGUUUCGCCCAAUCCCACAUUUUAGCGGUCUGGCCUUCGAGAUUUCUUUCAUUUCGCCUUCGCCAUUCAAACAAAGGGGAAGGCAGCUACGGAUCCCGACUUCUUUCGUGAUCCUGAUCGUUUUCGUCCUCCGAAGGAAGGAUCUUGGAAGACGGAGCCCGGGAGCCUAGUUCUUGGAUCGAUUAGGAGGUCGAGAGGGGCUCGUCUGAUCGGCUCGGAACCGUAGCUCCGAGGACAUGGCCAAGGCGGCGAUGGCGGUGCCCCUCGUGCGGCACCGGACGCGGAGCUCGGGCUGCCGCGGUGAUCAACGAACUCAAGGAGCGACGCGCCGCGCCAGCCCAACGCGAAGCCGCGGCAGGUGGCGGACGUGACGACGGAGGAGAUGCACGCGGGGCUCGCUUCCCAGGGCGGGAGCAAGCUUAAGAUUCUGAUCAGCUACGUCGACAACCUCCCCCCUGGGCAGGUUGGGGAAGAUGUGGUCGCUGAAUUGAUGAGGGCCAUUGAAGGACAAGGUCUCAAUAUGCAAGUAUCAGCACUGGUUAAUUAUACAAUCGGGACAUUAGCUGGGGCGAGAUGUUAUGAUAAUGAUGUAGUUGCUGCUGUGAUACUAGGCGCUGGUACAAAUGCAGCCUAUGUAGAGCUUGCCCAUGCAAUACCUAAGUGGCACAGUCUUCUUCCCAAAUCAGGAGAGAUGGUGAACAAACUUUCUUUUGCCUGACAUGUUAUCAACGUGGAAUGAGAAACUUCAGGUCAUCUCAUCUUUUCUUUAACUGACUAUGAUCAAGCAUUAGUUUUUUGAGGGUUUGAACCCUGGUGACAAGUAAUAUUUUUGGGAAGUUGAUAUCUGGAAUGUAUCUGAAAGGAAUUUUAGGAGAUUCCUGAGAUUGGUUAACGAAGCUUGCCUUGUUUGGAGACUGUGUUCCAUCGAAACUCAAAACUCUGUUUAUACUAAGGACUCCAGUCAUGUCAGCCAUGCACCACCAUGCUUCACCUGAUCUUAUUGUUGUUGGGACUAAACCGAAGGAAGUCUUGAAGGCACAAUCUUCUUGGUUACUGGCGUUCAUAUUUGGCAGCCUGUUGUCUGUAGUUGGCAUAAUCUUCAGAGGUAUUUCUGUAUCUUAAAAUGAUAUCUAUCGCAUCUAGCACAGUCUAAACGAAUCCAAACAUUUUGUACAAGACCCUUUUCUAUGUCGUGUAUGCAGUUCUUAAUUUGACCUAUGUGAUUGCAUCUGAUAGUAGAGUAAGCAAGCGGUGGUCAGUUCACAGAAGACGGCAGAAUCUUGUGCAGAGGACGCUGUUCUGAUGCUGCCCGGCUUGUCUCCUGCACCUGCAUUGCAUUGUGGUGAUGCUCUUCUUCCUCUCCCUUUCUUUUUCCUCGUCCUGUUGUCUCUUCACUAUCGACAUACAAAUGGAGGGGAUACAAUAACCUUUCGAAUUCUGCGUCUGUCAUGUCUCUGCAGCUGUUGCUGUGCCAGAAAUCUUCUGCAACUACAUCCGGUGAUUUCCUUGUAGUGAAGCAAGUGGUGGCCAUAUUCCAUUAGUUGCUCUAUAUUGACCGUGUCUUGGUGAUCAGAGAUCCUCAUGACGACGAGGUAAUAACCAUUGCCUCAGACGUUGCAUGCCAAACUGUUCUCAUCGCCAUCAUCGGGUGAUCCUUUUCGUCGACUACUCGUCUUCGAAGAUAGAAGCGGUGCCACGUCGCGCUCAGCGCAGGGUUUGCAAUCGUCUCCGCGCGGCCGAUUGCACCUCAUCAAAACCUGCAGCACGUCCUUCAUGGACGGCCGCCGUGAAGGCGAAGACUCCGUGCAGCGAAGCCCCAAUUUGAACACCUUGGUUAUGUCGUCCAUCUGCGGCGAGUCUUUUAUGGCCGGGUCUACCGCGUCGCUCAGGUUUGCUCCCUCUUGGAUCUGCUUCCAGGCCCACUCUGCCAGGUUACAUUGCUCCCCCUCAUUGUUUGCCCGUCUUCCUGUGGUCAGCUCCAGAAGAACAACCCCGAAGCUGUACACAUCCACUUUCUCGUUCAGUCUCCUGGAAUACCCGCACUCUGCGUACGAAAACAACAUUAGCAGUCAUUCGAUGCUUUGAAUCAUGGAUGGAGACCGAGUUCGAGGGGGCCUUUGUUCUUACCUGGAGCCAUGUAGCCGAAGGAGCCGGCUAUUACCGACACCGUGUCGAGCUGCCCGGGCUUGACCAGCAUCCGUGCCAGACCGAAGUCGGCGAUCUUGGCGUUGAACUCCAUAUCCAACAGGAUAUUGCUGGACUUCACGUCCCGAUGUAUGAUCGGCGGCGAGCAAUCAUGGUGCAAGUAGCACAGCCCUCGGGCCGACCCGACGGCGAUCUCCAGCCUGGUCGACCAAUGCAGCGGCGCCGCCCGCUUCCCGUGCAGCCACCGAUCCAAGCUCCCGUUCCCCAUGUACUCGUACACCAGUAGCUUCGCGUCGGGGCUGGAGAUGCAGCACCGCAGCUUGAUGAUGUUCUUGUGCCUGAUGGAUCCCAGGAACUUCACCUCCGACUGGAACUGCUUCUCCAGCUUGGAGUCAAGCUUCCUGCUGCUCCAGAUCUUCUUGACGGCCACGGUCUCCCCGGCGCGGUUCCCUAGGUCGACCUUGUAGACGUUGCCGGACCCGCCGCUGCCGAUCAGGUUCUCCUCCUUGAUGCCGCGCAUGAUGUUGGAUUCCGUGAAAUCCACCGACUGGAAGGAGGUCACGUUCCACACGGCAGGAUCGCUGCCGUUGCUUCUCUUCUUGUGGUCUCUGUACACGAAGACGGAGAACGCCAAGGCCAUCAAGAACACGAGCCCGCCGAGGACGAAGAAGAGGAUGCGGAGGCCACGGGACAGCCCGCCCGAGCUGCCCCUUCGGCAGGCGGGGACGUUGAGUUUGGAAUUGGCAGCGCAAAGGCUGGGAUUCGAGAGGAAGCUUUGCUCGUUCGCCGGGCUCUGCAACGCCGCCGGAAUCUCGCCGGAGAGCUGGUUGGACGAGAGGUUCAGGAAGUUGAGCUUCAGGUUCGCCAUCGCCGUUGGGAUCGAGCCGGAGAGUUCGUUCGCCGAUAGGUCGAGCGAGGUCAGCACCGGCAGCGACCCGAUCGCCACCGGGAUGUGUCCGGUCAGCUGGUUGUGGCUAAGAUUGAGAUCCACGAGCGACUUCAGCACUGACAAAUCCGACGGGAUCGUUCCGGUGAUCAUAUUGCCUUCCAGAGAGAGGGACUGCAGCCGCGAGAGUCCUGUUAGGGUCGACGGGAGGUUGCCGGAGAACAUGUUGUUACUCGCCAAGAACACCACCAAGUUGCCCGCCGAGGACGGGACUUGGCCGCUGAAUCGAUUGUUCUUGAUAUCUAACCGCGUCAGGUUCCAGGGAAGCUCGUCCGGGAGGCCGCCGGAGAAGGCGUUAUCCCUCAUGAUCAUGGUCGUCAAAUUCACCGCCGACCAGAUCCCAUCGGGCACCUCGCCGGAGAAACUGUUGCUCUGUACCUGAAUGUUGUCGAGCGUUGAACAGCUACCGAGGGACGGCGGUAUCUUUCCGCUCAUGUUGUUGUUGAAGACCACGAUGGAGGUCAAGGCGCCACCAUUGCAAAGGCCGUCCGGUAGCUCACCGAAGAUCUUGUUGUCGUCGACCUCGAUGUUCCACAAAGGACAGUGCUUGCCCAAUUCCGGUGGCAAGACGCCGGUUAAGCCGUUGUUGAACAGCCGGAGAUCGUACAGUAACGGCAGGAGGCCGAUGCUCGCCGGUAUCUCGCCAGAUAACCGGUUGUAGUACAUGAAGAGGACAGACAGGUUCAGGAGCUUGCCAAAGUCUUUCGGGAUCGACCCAUUGAUCUGAUUCAUCGAUACAUCAAUCCCUUCCAGGCCUAGAGCUCCGAUGGUCCCAUCAAUCGUGAUCGGCCCGGAUAAGUUAUUCUUGUGUAGAUACAAGUAGUCCAGAUUCUGGAGCGCCCAGAUUCCGGCGGGGAUCGUUCCAGUGAGCGAGUUCUCCGACAAGUCCAACUGCACCAACGCUUCCAGUUUCGAGAACGAAGGUGGUAUCUCGCCGACAAGAUUAGCACUGGUCAUCCACAGGAAGACCAGCUGAGUCAAGUUACCGAACUCGGGCGGAAUUCUGCUGGGAGCAAAAGGGUUGUAGGCGAGCACGAGUGUCUGGAGACGGGAGAGGUUGCCGAUCUCCGCCGGGAAGCUUCCGUUGAAAAGGUUGCUGUUGAGGACUAAUUGUUGGAUCGCCGGGAACCGGCUGAUGGCGGGAGGGACGUCGCCGGAGAAGUUGUUGGAGGAGAGAUCGAGGUGCGUGAGCAGGGGCGAGAGGCGGUCGACGUCGUCGGGGAUCACGCCGACGAAGCGGUUCUGAGAUAGAUCAAGGUACCGGAGGCUGGAGCAGUCGUAUAGGGAGGUGGGGAAGGAGCCGGGGAUGUUGUUGUAACUGAGGUCGAGGUAGGUCAGGUUCCUGAGGCUGCAGAGGGAAUUGGGGAUCGGUUGCGAGAUCUUUGGGGUCGCCUGGCCGGAGAGCGUGAUAUUGACGACGGAGCCAUCGGUGGCGCAGCCGACUCCCGUCCAGGCGCAAUAGGAGGAGGUGGUUGUGUCGUUCCAAGUGGCGAGAACGGGUUGGUCUCGCCAUUCCCUCUUGAUCUGCAGGAGGAUUCGCUUCUCGUCGUCGGAUAGUGUUUGUGAUGCGGCUCUGAGUGCGAAGCAGAGGGAGAGAAAGGAAAGGAGGAAGAAAGAGACUUCACGUGUGGUUCUGGCCGCCAUUUUUGAGCCUCUGUGUGAGGAGGCUGGUCUGAGAGGCAGGGGCUGCGUCUCGGUGGCAAGGAAACGAAAUGAGGCUUCUGCUUAUGUUUAUGGAGCUCAAAAAGUGUGAUGGUGAAACAGAUACUGCGAUUGGAUUCUGUCCACAGUAGAAAGGCGUUAAUUGAGGUGUGCAGUAUGGAUUUUUGCGGAGGGAGUGUUCCCUCUGGAAACUUUGAACGGUCAGCGGUCGACGGCCCUACGCUGUUGACUUUUGAAGACGGCCCACGGAGACGUCGCCUGCGGGUCCCGCGUAAAGAUGGGGAACGCCUGUGAUGGCUUAAGAUCUACUAACUUACGGAGAAGGGGAAGGAUCAUAUAUAUAUAUAUAUAUAUAUAUAUAUAUAUAUAUAUAUAUAUAUAUAUAUAUAUUGCAUGGAUCUCGUAAAAUAGAGAAUGAAGGACCGAGUAACUAUUGUUGAUAUUUAUUGUGGACGUUGUAAGAGGUCGGAAAUGCUCGAGAACGACACCCUUUUGGUGGUAAUGCAAGCAAGCCAUCGAGUGAAACAAGCAAUGUAUGUCAGCACACAGCAUUUCUCUGACGAGUGUAAUUUAUAUAAGGUUUCAGACAUGUGAACUAAAUUUUAUAUGUAGCUGAUAUGGUCGAUUUGAAUCUAAUUUGACUUUAUCGUGUUUGGACAA